AUGAUGAACCUUCUUAGCACUCUUGCCAUUCUGGGCUCUUCUCUCCCAAUGAUCACCGCUCAGAGUGCCAGUGGAAUGCAAACUUCUGCCAGUGCCACCUCGUCAAGCUCUUCUUCGGCCUCAACCUCAACCGUUCACCACGUGGACGUGGGUGAAGACGGGCUCACCUUCACUCCGGCUUCUCUGAAGGUUCCUGUGGGUGACAAGGUUGAAUUCCACUUCUACCCCCGGGCUCACUUUGUUGCUCAAUCGACCUUUGAGAGCCCUUGCUCGCCAAUCAGCAAGGGUGGGUUCUUCUCCGGGGUGAUUCCUACCUCGGACAAGUCGGACAAAGUCUUCACCGUGACGGUGAACAACACUGACCCCAUCUGGUACUACUGUGGUGUGGCACAGCAUUGCCAAGCGGGCAUGGUGGGAGUGAUCAACCCUCCUUCCAGCGGCCAAGAAAACAUCGAGGCAUUCAAGAGCGCCGCUGCUAAAGUCCAGGAUUCAUCUGCUCCAGAAAACGUCUUCGGUGGUGUCAUUGGUACAGCCAGUGACAGCUCCAGUUCCAACUCCAGCACGACGACGGGCAGCACUACUGCCAUGGGCUCGGCCACAAGCACUGCCAGCUCUGGGACUUCUUCGCCCACCAAGACACCCAACGCGGGUGUGACAGUCCGCGCCGCCGGAGGUGUCGGUUCUCUGAUGCUGGCAGGUGUGCUCUCUUGGCUGUUGAUCUAA